GACGGAGUGCCCGGGGACGGCGGCGACGGAGUGCCCGGGGACGGCGGCGGCGGCGGUGACGGGGUAACGUGCUCACAAGCGCCAACCCAGACGUGACCGGAGGCGAGGUUGGCGGCCGGGCCGCCGAGGACAAUGUCGACGCAGGCGGUGAGGUCGAUGUUGCCGACGGCGACCGAGGCGCCGAUCUCGGCGCCAAUAGAGAGGAGCGACUGAAGGGCAGGGACGGCCGAGUAGGAGAUGCGUGAAAAGUCAACAACAGCGAGGUCGGUGGCAGACGCAUUCAGCAUGAGAACGUUGAUGACGCCGUAGUCGGGGCCGAGGUCAAGAGCGCCCGAGGCGCCGGCCACCAGAUCGAUGGCACCGUCGCCGUCGAGGUCGGCAAGGGCAAGGCUGGAGCCGAGCUUGGCAUUGGCACCAAGAAGCGGCGACGGGAGGAAGCCAAGGGUACCGGCCUCAAGAAUGGAGACCUGGACGACGGCGUGGGUUGCCCAGUCGAUGUCGAGAAGGUAGACGCGACCGGCAAGCGCGCCAUGGAGCGGGGCACCGAUGGCGAGAACCGGUGAGCCGGUGCCGCGGAUGUCGGCGGCGGCAAUGGCAGUGCCAAAGCCGGAGUCCUGGGCAAUGCCCGCCAGAGCGGGAGCCGAGUUGUCGAGGAUCGAGUGAGAGAUGAGCGAGCCGUCGGUCCGCGAGAGGGUGGCGAUGAUGAUUGCGCCGUGCGGGAGAAGGGUGACGCGGUCGCGACCGGCGGCGAGGCCGAUGACGACGACAACCUCAAGAGCGGGGUUGACGCCAGGCACGCCGGCAACAACCGAGAGACCAGCACCAAAGAGCUCGCCAGGGAGAAGGGUGGUGCCGAGGGUGCCGGGGCCAAUGCCGUUCGCGAGGACGUUGACGCCCUUGAUCGAGCCAUCGACGUUGAGGAAGAGGACAAAGACCUUGCCCGUGGCGCCGUUGAGGGCCGGAGCGCCAACAAGGAGGUCAGGCACCGAGUCGCCAUCGAGAUCGCCUGGGCCGGCGAUGCCGAGCCAAACUGGCCGAGCGAGAGCGAGAGGUGGGCGGUGAGUGCCGGGUCGGCACCCGAGAGAACACGCGACGCCUUGACAGUGCCGUCGGCGUUGAGGAAGACGAGAGUGAUGGAGCCGUCGCCAAGGUUGGCAAGUGGCGAGCCAAAGACCGCGUCACCAAUGCCGUCGCCGUCGAUGUCGCCAACAAGGGCAACGGCAGCACCAGAGCGGGAGAGCGGCGGGUACGUCACCGUCGAGUUGUCCCAGUCGAUAAUCGAGUUGAAAGUGAUGUCGGCCGAGGUCGACGGGACGAGAACGAGAAAGACGGCG